CAGAGAUCAAUCAUGAAGUUCCUUGUGAUCGCAGUCUUAUUGGGGGUGGCAGCUGCCUUUGAUGAUGACGAUAAGAUCGUCGGAGGUUUCACCUGCUCCAAGAACUCUGUCCCCUACCAGGUAUCCCUCAACUCCGGCUACCACUUCUGCGGAGGGACCCUGGUGAACAGCCUGUGGGUGAUCUCCGCUGCUCACUGCUACAAAUCGAGCAUUCAGGUCAGACUGGGAGAACAUAACAUUGCCGUGAGUGAAGGCAGCGAGCAGUUCAUUAGCUCCGCCACGGUCAUCAGACAUGGAAGCUACAACUCCAGAACCCUGGACAACGACAUCAUGAUGAUCAAACUCUCCAAACCAGCCACUCUCAAUUCAUACGUCAAGACCGCGCCUCUGCCCUCUGGCUGCUCUGCCGCCGGUACUAGCUGUCUGAUCUCCGGAUGGGGUAACACUCUCAGCAGUGGAACUAACUAUCCAGAUCUCCUGCAGUGUCUCAACGCCCCAAUUCUGACAGACAGCCAGUGCCAAAAUGCUUACCCCGGUGAAAUUACCAGAAAUAUGUUCUGCGCUGGGUUUCUGGCCGGUGGACAGGACUCAUGCCAGGGUGACUCCGGUGGCCCCGUUGUCUGCAAUGGACAGCUCCAGGGUAUUGUCUCCUGGGGAUACGGCUGCGCUCAAAGGAACUACCCCGGUGUCUACACCAGGGUCUGCAACUACAACUCCUGGAUCUCCAGCACAGUGGCUGCCAACUAAACCUUCACCUAGGAGGAUCAUUUCUAAUGAUUUCAAAAUCAAACAGGAAUCACUAUGUGCACCACUGAA